AUUUUGUGUGGGAGACGGAGAAGCGGCGGUGUGGUUGGAUUUUGCUGCGCGGGGGUUCGGGGAAGUGACGGCGGUGAGCGGCGGGGUCGGUUCGGAAGGGCCUGCGCGCGCGUCUGUGGCUACAGACGGACGGCACGGACAGAAGUCGCUGCGACUUCUCCCCUUGGAGUUUAGUGCCGAGAAUCUGAUGUUGGGCUCGGCUGCCUGGCUGAAUACAGCGGAUCGGCCCAUGAAAACUUCUGUUCCUAGCCAAAGGAAGGAGUGUAGUGAAAGGCAGCACUUACUCUUUCAGGCUUGGAAGCAAGAAAGGGGGCAAGAAUUGGAGAGAGUGGAAUCGGAGAAGACUACUGAAAGGUGACAUUUAAGUUGAAAAUGGGUGGUGGAGAGAGGUUCAAUGUUCAGGUUCCCCAGUCUAGAAAUAUUACCAAGAACCAUCAACAACUUAAAAGCAGGCAGAAGAAUAAAGACCAGAAUUCACAGAUGAAGAAAACCUAUAUGAAGAAAGAAAGAGGACAUGGAUGCAACUCACUGUCUGGUGCAUGGCAGGCCAUGCAGAAGGCAGGAAAGAACAGUGUUGAUUUCCCCUGUAAUCAAAAUUGGAGUCCUAAUUUAUCAAAUUGUAAGCUAUUUUUCUCGCCUCAAGCCAAUCAGAACUAUGCUGGAGCAAAGUUUAGUGAACCACCCUCACCAAGUGUUCUUCCUAAGCCUCCGAGCCACUGGGUACCUGUUUCUUUUAAACCUUCUGAUAAAGAAAUAAUGACAUUUCAGCUUAAAACACUGCUUAAAGUCCAGGCUUGAGAUGGAACUUUAAAUCUUUUACAGUUAUUUAAAUUUAUAGGCCUCCAAAUUUGAGAGUAGUUACUCAGAACUGCAGAUGCACAGGUAACAUGACCAGAUGUUCUUGCUGCGUAUAAAUGAAAGAGAAGGGGAUAGGUGGGGAAGUUUAAAUCCCCAGUGUUUUACCUCAAAAGUUGUGUACUUUGUUGAUUUUGCUGUUACAUAGGGAAUUUCUCAAUACUUAAUUUGAUUAAAUCCUAAACUGUCACCACUUGCUGUAGGAGUAAAUGAGACCGUCCCUAAAAAUUGAAAUUGAGAGUCCUUUUUGUUAAUGGUAUUGGAAGACCAGCUUUUAUUGAACUUAAUGCAGCAAAAAAAACCCAACCCACUGAAAGCUUUAGUCAGGUACUCUGCCUUUUAACCUAGUAUCAGAUUUUCUAGUUAAAAGUCUUCUGAGCAGAAUUUCCUAGUUAUACCCAGCUGCCAGUGGAAAUGCAAAGAUAAUUUUUUUCAUACCUGUGAGAUCUGACACUCAAACUUUUGCGACUAAAAUUUAGUUUUAGGAAACAUUUUUACAUGUUCUUGAAAAGGUGGAAGAACACUUUAAGGAGGUCUGUGUUUCAGUCUCAUUCUAGCAGUAUUUCACUGGAACCUCGGCAAGGUAGACUGUGCCAAUUAAUGACAUGCAUGCAUUGCCAGGUGACUGCCGAAAAGAUCUUCCAAAAAUUCUUUGUAUUCUGAUGCACUGAUAAGUUCUAAAAAAUUUUUUUUGGUAUCAUUUGCUAAUUUUAAGAAAGCUGGAGUGGUUACUUAAGAUAACUUUAAGUUGGUUACCCUAUAAUUAAGUUACAAUACCUUGUGUAGGCACGCAUAGUGUUUGAUAGGGAAAAGAGAGCCAUGUAAAUAAAUGUAAUACUUUGUAGCAUAUGUAAAUUUAUGCUGGGCUUUCCUGCACAGAGGUAUUUUUAGAAACUGGUAAAUGUAAGAUGACCAUGCUGAGUUUGUGGCCUGAUCUAAAAAAUACAAUUAAAAAAUUAUUUUGUUAAACACAAAAGGACAUUUGUGGCUGUAGCCUUGGACUUAAUAUACAGUGAAUGUGUACAUUUUACUUGGUCUUGGGGUCAUUUUUAAAAUGAAUGCAGUGCAAAAAAUAAUUAUUUAGAAAUUUGUAAUAAAAUUUAACAGAACUGCUUAGUUUAAGAUACUUAUGCUCUGAAUGUUGUGCUUACAAUCAAAUUGGGUGUCACAAAGGACAGUUUGAUGACAGCGAAGGACUGCCUCCAAAAUGAAUCAGUAUUUACUAAAAUUUGUGAAGUUCAGUUCUUGGGUCAGUGUCAACAUAUUGAUUUCAGUGCUGUCACAGUUCAGCUGAUCCUAGAAUAAAAACAACUGAACUGUAGCAAUUAGAGUCUGAUAUUAUGCAAAAAUCCAGUAACAACUGAAAAAGUGGUUUAACUCAAAAGGGAAUUUUGGCGACAUUACGGAAUGCUUCUUAACGUUCUUUUCUGCAUUCAAAGGCGGUGGCAGCUGGUUGAAUGCUUACAGAUCUGUCAAUUCAAAAUGUGAUGGAAGUGGCUGUCUUUAAACUCAAGUCUUUCUGAUCUGGACCUUAACAGCUGUAAGAGUACAAUUGUUAUAAUUGUGUAUACUCUAUUUCAAAUUGUCAUUUACUGCACAUGUACAAAUUGGAAGUGGAAAAAAAAAUAAAAUUCCCCCCCAAAAGUAUUUUAA